AUGAAGGAACCUUUCCAGCUGAUGCUCCCGUCGUCACCAGCGUCAUGCGACAGCGCGCCGACAUUCCGCCCCAAAUCCACCAGGGAAUCUAAGCUACCAGGCGGCCAUACCCUGCGAACAUGGCGCUCCGAUCAAAAUUUGGGGUCUGCUAGCAUGUCUGCUUUUGGCCUUCUGCCCAGUCCCCCGAUAUCAGAAUCCAGAGCUGGCAGUGCGGGGGCUAAUACCUCAUAUUUUGAGUGCAAAGACGAACCGAAAGAGGCGGACAUCAUAAAUGAGGAUCUACGAAAAGAGCCAAGCUUGCCUGAACUAGAGGAGUCGAUUGGAUUGAGUGGAGAAUUGGAGGACAGUGACGCAGAAAGGAUUAACUAUCAAGCCUAUCGCCCGUCUGACUGGAACGAAGAGCCCCACGAACAACCCCAAGAACAAAGGUGGACGGAAGUGACUAGUGUCCACGAAGCACAUUCGAAUCUCAUCCGGCAGUGUGAAGGCAAUGAGUCAAGAAAAGCCACCACGAGCCAUGAUGGGCUUUCAAGUCCUAUCACUUCACCUUCAGCGCCCACUUCUAGUCAUGUUCCAGGCAGUUCGCCGAGACCCCAAAGGCCGAGGACCGCCACUGUCUCAAGCGAAGCUAGUUGGAUACCCAGUAACCUGGCGUAUUGCGAGACAUGGCUGAAGGGCGUGCCUUUUGAUCCGAUUUCUGGAAAGGAUGAGAACAUCAGAGAAUCCAACCGUAGAAAGGUCCAAAUUGUCGAACAAGAUCCACCACUUCCAAUGCCGAAGAUUGAGUUCAUCCCGGGGAUGAAGUCUCUCGAUGAACCACUGGUAAGUGAUGAAAUAUCCCACACUGUAGCUGAUGAAUCUCCAGCCAUUCUAAUAUUUCUGCAGAGAUUCGCUGUUGCAAGCAAGCCUAAAAACAAACCAAGAUUGGUUGAUAUUGCUCGGCAGUCCUCUCCAAUGCCACCUCCGCAAUCUUUACUACCACACCCUGUGCCAAUGACUCCGGACCAGCGGCAAGAGGAAGUAUCUGCUUUCAGUCCUGAUACACCACUUGAAAACCCCCUGGACAUGUCGGAUAGUGGUUAUGGCACGCGGGAGUCAGGUUACUCCCUGGAUACAUACGAAGAUGGCAAAGAUGACGAUGUGUACACUGAUCCAGGGUCAUUAACCUCGGACAGCGUCACAUCUACUGUGAUCGGCGAACGACCUGGCACCGCGCAGGGAGAGCGCGACACUUUUCCCCAGCCAGAAAUCCGGUCGGGGAGUCUAAGCCCAGAAGCAACGCCACAACCAGACAAUUCUCCAAACCGCAGGUCUACCAAGUCUGUCAAAGAAGAAUCCGACGAAGCAACCCCGUGGGAUGAUGCUGACCAUGAGUGGACCUUGGAUGAUCAUCAGUGGACCCUUGACGAACUUGAACAUUCUGUUAAAGACUUUCCUCGCCACAUGCUUCGACUCACAUCACCUGCAAUCCUCCAUGUACGAAAGAGCGAUGACAAGAAUUUCCUUCGUCCAUUCCGAACAAUAUUCCCUGAAGUCACCGAGAAUCUGCUAGAUUGUCUCUGCGCAGCUCUCAUCGCCCGCAACUAUCUCCUUUCCCUAUCUACAAUUCACCGCCACAAACCUUCUUUACUGGCGCGAAAUGACACAUAUGGCAUAGAUGCCAUCCCCACCAAAGCAUACAGCACACUGGGCAUUCAGCUCCCAUCCGGGUCCCCCGGCCGUACCAAAGACCGAGUCCUUGGGUCCCGCAGCUCAGAACUGCGUCGGCAAGUCGAGGCGAUCAUCGACAACUUGCUCUUCGCGAUUUGUGGUCGAUCUGAUGAAGUGCUUAAAUCUGCGAUUGAAGUUCUUGCCCAGGUGUUGGAAGUGAAUGCCCCCUAA